GAAGGGAAGCCGGGAUGUCUGUUCACAGUCUCCUUCCUGAGCUCCGCUCUAUACAUCAAUGUUUAUAUGGCCCUGUGCUUUUUCUUUAACCUGACUCUGAGGAGACAAAAAGAAGCUUGCUGAUGAAGUUUUCAAACUUACAGUCAGAAGGAGGUAACGCGGGACAAAGGAGAGUAAGACUUAAGGGUUGCUUCCUCUGGGUCCCUGCUUCUGUGGGGCGACUCCACUGACCCGGAACAGAGCAGAGGAAUGGACUGUGUUCUGGAGGUGUACACUCCUCCAGGGGCAUUAGGGACCAGCACAGGACAGGAGGGACUGUCAGCUGACCUGGAGCAAUACGACACCCACCACCUGAAACGGAAAGCAGGAAGCUCAGUGAAGCAGGCCCAGCAGAAAACAAAGAGAUGAAGGUGGGGAGAAAGAAAGGGGACUGGUCCUGCUGGCUGCUGGCGGCCUCGCUGGUGGGUGCCUUUGGCUCUUCGUUCCUGUAUGGGUACAACCUUUCGGUGGUGAAUGCCCCCACCCCGUACAUCAAGGCCUUUUACAAUGAAUCCUGGGAAAGAAGACACGGACAUCCGAUAGACCCAGAUACUCUGACCCUGCUCUGGUCUGUGACUGUGUCCAUAUUUGCCAUCGGUGGACUGGUGGGGACACUAAUGGUGAAGAUGAUUGGAAAGAUUCUUGGGAGGAAGAACACGCUGCUGGUCAACAACAGCUUUGCGAUUUCUGCUGCGCUGCUGAUGGCCUGCUCUCUCCGGGCAGGCACCUUUGAGAUGCUCAUUGUGGGACGCUUCAUCAUGGGCGUGGACGGAGGCAUCGCCCUCAGCGUACUCCCCAUGUACCUCAACGAGAUCUCGCCCAAGGAGAUCCGCGGCUCCCUGGGCCAGGUGACUGCCAUCUUCAUCUGCGUGGGCGUGUUCACGGGGCAGCUGCUGGGCCUGCCUGAGCUGCUGGGAAAGGAGAGCACGUGGCCAUACCUGUUUGGGGUGAUCGUGGUCCCUGCCCUCGUCCAGCUGGUGAGCCUGCCCUUUCUCCCCGAGAGCCCACACUACCUGCUCUUUGAGAAGCACAAUGAAGCUGGAGCCGUGAAAGCCUUCCAGAAGUUCCUGGGCAAAGCAGAUGUCUCCCAAGUGAUGGAGGAGGUCCUGGCCGAGAGCCGCGUGCAGAAGAACAUCCGCCUGGUGUCGGUCCUGGAGCUGCUGAGGGACCCCUCUGUGCGCUGCCAGGUCAUCACUGUGCUCGUCACCAUGGCCUGCUACCAGCUCUGUGGUCUCAAUGCGAUUUGGUUCUACACCAACAGCAUCUUCCGCGAAGCCGGGAUCCCUCCGCGAAACAUCCCCUACAUCACCCUGAGCACAGGCGGCAUCGAGACGCUGGCUGCUGUCUUCUCUGGCCUGGUCAUUGAGCGGCUGGGGCGGAGACCUCUCCUCAUCGGUGGCUUCGGGCUGAUGACACUCUUCUUCAGCAUCCUCACCGCCACGCUGACUCUGCAGGACCGCGCCCCCUGGGUCCCCUACCUCAGCAUCGUGUGCGUCCUGGCUGUCAUCGCCUCCUUCUGCAGUGGCCCAGGUGGCAUUCCCUUCAUCUUGACUGGAGAGUUAUUCCAGCAGUCACAGCGGCCAGCCGCCUUCACCAUUGCAGGCACAGUCAACUGGCUCUCCAAUUUCGCCGUGGGGCUCCUCUUCCCAUUCAUCCAGAAAAGUCUGGACACCUACUGUUUCCUCGUCUUUGCCGCAGUAUGUUUCACAGGUGCUGUCUACCUCUAUUUUGUCCUGCCUGAGACCAAAAACAGAACCCACGCAGAAAUCAGCCAGGCAUUUGCCAAGAGGAACAAGGCAUGCCCCCCAGGGGAGAGGGCUGACUCAGCCAUCAGCAGCGAUGAGAAGAGGAGCAGAAAGCCAGAGCCAGAUUCCGCCUCCACACUGGAUGGCCAUGUCAAAGACAGGGUUGUCUGAAGGGGUAGUCACACAGCAUCCAGAGCCCCAAAGGCUUCUCCGUGCCUGGAAGGUACAAACUGACUCAAGCCAUGCAAGUCCUACACUACUAAGUGUUGCAUAAUGGACUGGUGCUCGACCAACUGCACAGCCAGUUGUUGAUUAUCCCGACUGCCACACUCUUCGGGAAGCUGGAAAGAAUCACCCUGGGUCUCAGUGACCCAGUAUCCUUCUGCAGAGCUCGGGCCCACCUUCCUUGUGACUUCACCAAUGGUAAUGUAGUCGGACGAAUGCUACUGGGAUCACUUCUCAAAGCAAACAGUGUGGUCCGGCUGAGGGCUGAGUGGACAGGACAUCACUGGCUGAGGUUGCAGUCCCUGCUUUGCUGUCAGUAGCCUCAGUCUCUACGUGGAUCAGCAAGCCUGGGAGAGCCUGUGCUUUGAUCCUGGACAAAGGCUCUCAGAAUACAGUGGGAAGAGGCUCUGCACCUCCUAAUGAGCACCUCUGCCUAUCGUUGGCUCUGCCUUGCGGAUCCUGAACUGAAAAGAACCAUUCCCGGCAUCUUCCUGCUGGUUUUGCUUUCUCCAGGUGGUGUCCAAACAGCUCAAGGCUGCCAGGUCUGAGGCUGUCUUUGACUAGGAUUGUGACAGAGGACAUAAAGAAGAUAUGUGUGUACAAGAUCUAGCAAAGUAGCCAUAAGGAAGAGCUUUCUAGUAGCUUGGAUAGAGACUAUGAGUUAAAUUCCAUUCCAUUGAAGUAGUGUUGAGAAUGAUGCAGAGAAUAAGCCUAGGCUUCAUGGUGCUGUGCUCAAUUAAUGAUGUCUGUCUGUAUCUGGUGAAGGAGUGUGUCUGCAUUCAUGUUUGCUGAUCCUGCAGAGGUUUAUCUGAUGAUGUAAUAAGCAGCCUUGGAAGGUGGCGGGCUCAACGUCACUCCGAGUGCUGAGACUGAGUGGUGACUUGCCUAAGUGCCAGUUGUGGAGGAAGAUGUUGGGAGGGCCUGGGUCCAAGGGAACAUCUGACCCUUCCAUGCUUGGGUUGCUGUGUCAGAACUUGCUGCAGUCAUGCAUAGCUGGUGGUUUGGUGGGUCCCCUGCACCACCUCCAAAUCUACGCCGCUGCCAGUGACAGCUUUCCUAUCAUGACAGUGCACUUGAAUCAGCACCACUGUGUUUAAGUUGAGUAUGUGUCACAAAAGAGGUAGAGCCAGAGAGGAAGGGCUCUACCCUGGCAACACCAUGGGAGCCUCUGUUUCCACUGAUCAUUCUUAAUAAUGUUUUUGUUUUGUUUUUUUCAUUAAUGUAUUUGCUACAGGGUCUCACUA